CCCUCUUCCUCCGUCGCCAAAUCAGACUUGGCUUUUGCUGGAGGCUGAGUUCAGUUGAGUGAAAGCAUCGAUAAGUUUGCAUCUAACUUGAAAAGACAUCGUUAUUGGGUCUCAAAGGAAAGAAAUCAACUGAAUCUUCCAUACAGCUGCCAUGGCAGAGUCGGUGAAGGUGGCGGUCCGAGUUCGGCCUUUCAACUCGAGAGAGAAAGACCGUGGGGCGAAGCUCGUUCUUGAUAUGAUCGGAGCUCUCACCCAAAUCACGGACCCGGAGAAUCCAGGAAACCCGCCAAAGGAGUUCACGUUUGAUUUCUCCUAUUGGUCUCACGAUGGCUUCCACGAGGACGAGAAUGGCUACCUCGUCGCAGAUAACGACAAGUACGCUACACAGCGAAAAGUUUUCGAUGAUUUAGGACAAGGUGUUUUGAACAACGCUUUCGAAGGUUUCAAUUGUUCACUAUUCGCAUAUGGACAGACAGGGGCUGGCAAGUCGUAUUCCAUGGUUGGAUAUGGAAACAACAAGUUAGUAGUUAGUAACUAGAUUUAACUAAAUUUAAUGUGGUUGGUGUCAUUUUUCAUGUCAAUUAUAAUUCUAUUGUUCAAAAGAUUACCGUGCUUUGACCUGUUGUAAAUAAAGUAUGCAUAAAAGUGACAAGUACAGUGGAAAAGUGUAGAGAGUAUGGUCCAGUGUUCCUUCAGUUUCUUGAGCACCUUUGUCAUUUCUUUACCUACAUUAUAAAUAUCAUCGAAACACUCAUGUCCAUCAUUCAGGGAUGAGUGAACUGUAGAGAAGAAGAAGAGAUAGAGGCACUGAGAAAAUAAUGUGUUUAACCAAAAUUCCAUAAAAUGAUACCAAGUGGGCCACAAUACACUUAGGUUGAGGAUAGUAAAGGGUAUUUUUGUCAUUGCCAAUGGUCUUAACUACGUUUGUACCCAAAAUGUUCCCACAAACAGAUUUUUUCAAAACUUACCAUGUAUGGAAGUGAAUGUAUAAAAGAUCAUAUAUUUGAACUGCUGAGAAAGGUGUGAAGGCAUGAUUGAUCA